AUGGUGAAAGAAUUGAAGACACAAAUUAAAAAUGGACUUUCAGAAGGCAAAGGUAUUCAGAGGGACGAUCAGAACACAAAACGCCCUCAGCUGUUAAAUCAUACAAUUAUAGGACAGCCACAAAGAAUAAGGAGAGCUUCUUCAAACGUUGGAUUUUCUGCUUCUAUAAAUGGAAACAUUGGAGUGGUCAGUAGCCAAGUUCUUGUGUUUGGAAGAGAAGUCACCAACGUUGACCAUCGCUACAGCACAAGAAAUGGACAUUUCACGGCGCCUUACGAGGGCCUCUACUUUUUUACGGUGUCAAUUGUCGCAAUGCCGAACAAGUACAUUGAGACAGAAAUAGUGCAUAAUGGAGUCCCACUGUGCUACAUUUAUUCUGGAGAAGGGUCCGGUUAUUAUGGUCCUGGGACAAACUCCGUAGUGGUACAACUUGCCGCUGGGGAUGACGUGUACGUACGUGUCCGAGGCGGACAGCACGGCUCGGGGAGCGUUAUUGACGGAGUGUAUUCAACAUUUACGGGUUUCUUUCUCAGUCCAAAUGUAUGAAUUCCUCAGUAAAUUUAAAUUUGUAAGUCUUGAAGGUUUUGUUU